AUGUUUGGCACGGGAUUGGUGUACCAAGAUCAUGAUCGCAUUUUCGCCGCAUCGACAUCGUUUCUGAACCAUACUGCCACGUACGUCGACCAACGCGGCCUAUCAGUAGCUGGCACGGCGCUCGAGGCAGUGGCGUCUCGGGAGUGGAACCACCAGAGUGCCUCGCGACAAGACGACAGCCUCUUUGCCGUCAACAAGUCCUGCGCAGACAAGGCCAUGCAUAUUUCACAAGGCGCCAAGGAAAACGUGCGGCUCGCGUAUGAGCUGGACCAGUUGCCGUAUGCGUUUUUAAAGUUUGACGCGUCCUACGUCGAUGGAGCAUCCCCGUGGACGGCGCAGUACGGACCAGCCAAAGACGACGAGCUGCUCGUGGUCAUGGCAGCGUUAUCGGACGUGGCAUCCAUCGACGCCUUGCCUGCGAACGUGUGCCGCCGUCGAGCGGAAGACACGACGGACGACGCGACAUGCUUGGACUAG